GCCUUUUAUGCCAAACUCAACUGCUGCAACUUUUGUUUAAAUCUCGAAUAAGUGGCCAAUGCUCUUUGAAAAACCCAAACAUCACCACCGCGUAAGCGAAUUCCAAGCUGUGGUAUUAGCAGGCUAUGGCAGCAGUAACAGACUAUAUCCUAUUUCUGAAGAAGAAAGCAUGCCCAAGGCUUUACUUCCUGUUGGUAAUAAGCCUGUUAUAUCUUAUACUUUGGAAUGGCUUGAAAAAGCUGGCAUACAUGACAUUAUCGUUGUUAUACAGUCUUCAGGAAAUGCACAACAAAAGUUAUCAGCAUAUAUUAGAGGAUAUACCGGCAAUGUGCACUGCCAAGUCGUAGGCGUCGAUGAAGAUGACGAAACAGCUGAAGCAUUAAAAGCCAUAAAGGAUAAAAUUGAUAGGGAUUUUAUUGUAGUUCCUUGUGAUCUUAUCACAGAAUUAAAUCCUCGAGAAUUUUUGGAUCAGCAUAGAGUCUACAACCCAACAUUUAGUGCCCUAUUCUAUGAAUCUGGAGCAAACGAAUCAGCAGGCAAAGACGAUGAUCUAUUACCUUAUGUAGGCAUCGAUCCUAUUCGCCAUUCACUUGUAUAUAAAGAACUUCGCUCAGAAGAUGAUGAUUUCUCUAUGCGCCUAUCUUUAUUGAACAAAUUUCCUAGAGUUCGUGUUUAUACCAACUUGCAGGAUGCACACUUAUAUAUUUUCAAGCGAUGGGUGAUUGACAUGAUUGCUGAUAAAGACAAAAUAACCAGCAUAUCAAAAGAUCUCAUACCUAUGCUCGUCAAAUGCCAAUAUCAGAGAAAGUUAGUUGAGAGAGAAGAAGUCGAUAAAUAUACAUCGAAAGAUGACGAUUUACUAGCCAACGCUUUAUCUUUAUCGACAACUCAAUCGAUUGAUGUGGACGAUGAUUUACUUAUUAAAGACCCCAUUCAUCCCAGCUUUAAGAGUCCUAUUAAAUCUUAUGUGCAUAUAUAUCGUGGAGGUUUCUGUGGUAGAGGUAAUACAACUGCCAGCUACAGUGAAUUGAAUCGUUAUGUGACAAAGCAAGGCGCAACUAUUACCCGCGUACCUGCUACCACAGAAGUUGCACCUAAAACGCAGGUGGGUAACGACUCUGUCGUUGGUGAAUAUACAAAGAUCGAUGAGCGCUCUUCCGUCAAGAAAUCCUGUGUAGGUGCUCACUGCGUUAUCGGCAAGAAUGUAAAGAUUGCAAACUCGGUGAUUAUGGACCACGUGCUGAUUGGCGAUAAUGUAAAGAUUGAUGGUUGCAUUAUUUGUAAUUCUGCACAAAUUCAAGAAAAGGCAAUUUUGAAAGACUGUGAUGUAGCAAGUGGCUAUAUCGUUGAUAAAGACAGUCAAUUAAAGGGCGAAAAAUUGGUCUCUUUUAGAGAAGCUAUUUAAUUUUUUGAUUCUCGUAGAAGACACCGUGAAAAAAACUGCUGUUAGUUUUAUUUUUUUAAAAUCUUCCUGGAAUAAAAAAGUCAUUGUUUGUUGUAUAUAGAGUAAUUAUUGACAAAGGUUCAAUACAUCAGAUACAAGAGCUUAAUAAUCGAAGGCAGAGUUUGAAACAUAAUAGAUUAUUUAAAUAAUUAUAUAGCAUGGCUAUCACGUCUUCAUCAAUGUUUUCUACCUCUUACCGUAGCUGCUUACUCUUAUCAAAGGAGCUGUGCGUCAGCACAACCCUUCUUUUGUA